AUAGAGUGUUGAGAGAUAAACUAUCAAAUCUAAAACCAAAAAGCACAUAGAUAAAUUUAAAUAAAUUAACUCGAUUCCGAUUCAUAACAUGAGAACGAAGCUGCUUCUGAUAAUGAGAGAACAAAAAGCAUAGAUACAUUCAUACACACAACACAUACUAGUAUAUAAAGCACUCUCUCUCUCUCUCUCUCUGUUGAUUCAGAUUCCAGAACAAAAGAAAGGUAUGUACAAAGAGAGAGAGAAAGGUGGUGGUGUUGGGUCGAAGACUAGUGCUACAACGACGGAGGUUGAUCGAAAGAGAAUCAACGAUGCUCUCGAUAAGCACCUACACCAACACCGUUCAUCUGCUUCCACUUCCCUAAACCAUCACACGCAUAAGACCUCCAACAAUUCCACCUCUCACCAUCGUAAUGAGGAAUCUGAAACUGAUAGCGAAGAAUCAGAUGUUAGUGGUUCUGAAGGGGAUGACACUUCUUGGAUUUCAUGGUUUUGCAAUUUGAGAGGAAAUGAAUUUUUUUGUGAAGUUGACGAUGAUUACAUACAAGAUGAUUUCAACCUCUGUGGAUUAAGCAGUCAAGUUCCUUACUAUGAUUAUGCGCUUGAUUUAAUUUUGGAUGUUGAAUCCUCCCAUGAAGACAUGUUGACGGAGGAACAAAAUGAAUUAAUUGAAUCUGCUGCUGAGAUGCUUUAUGGUUUGAUUCAUGCCCGGUACAUUUUGACAAGCAAGGGGUUGGCUACAAUGCUAGAUAAGUACAAGAGCUUCGACUUUGGCAGAUGUCCAAGAGUUUACUGCUGUGGACAAUCUUGUCUUCCGGUUGGUCAAUCAGAUAUUCCUAGGGCAAGCACUGUCAAAAUAUAUUGCCCCAAGUGUGAAGACAUUUACUACCCACGCUCCAAGUAUCAAGGGUAUAUCAUGAAGGGGAGCCUUGGAGCAACCGUUGGGUUGUCUCCAUGUGACUUCAAGGUCACCGGUACAAGCUGUGGAAUCAGCUACUGAUGCAAUUAUCAGAUAUGGAUGGCGCGUAUUUUGGAACCACAUUUCCUCACCUCUUCUUGAUGACUUACUCAAAUCUGAAGCCGCAAAAGCCGUUGCAGUCACAGAGUUACGUUCCUAGAGUUUUUGGUUUCAAAGUUCACAAGCCCUGAGGCUGAAAGCCAUUUCAACUUCAACCUUUUUCAUCUAAGUAACAGUUUGCACACAUGCUUUGUUUAGCUUAGUCUUUUGUUAUAUUCCUUUAAAUAUUCACCCAGUGGAUUUUUCAUUUUACUACAAAUCAGUACAAUGUAGAUGCUCCUGUUAUUUAAACUGUAAAGAUAUAUAUGCAGUCACAAACAAGUGAAGUCAGCAAGAGCUUAAUUUUGCCUUCUGCUUCAAAUUCAGUGAGCUUUUGUAAAACUUUUUGGAAUAGAUAUUUUUUAGUUUAACAACUUGAAUUGGAUGAACGUAUAAUGAUCUACUUUAUUUGUUCUGUUA